UUGAUGAGGUCACAGGGAUCUACCAAUGAGAAGACUAGAGGAAGCUCAAAAGAGGUGAAAAGGAGAAGGAACCAGUUAAGUGACUGAUAAACUGCAUAAAGGCUUUGAGACAACAGAACAACCACGACACACAGGACAACACACAUGCCAAGAUACUGCAUAGAGAGACACAGACUCCUUGACAGAAAACGUUAGAACUGAGGAUGCUGGAGAACGUCACAGGUGACGUGCAGAAUGACACCUUUUCCUGCCACCACCCCUCGGUGGAGGCCUACCGCUACUUCGGCGUGCUGUGGGGUUCGGUAGUUACUAUAGUUGGAACGGUGGGGAACAUCCUUACCAUUCUGGCCUUCGCCACGGACACCCGGCUGCGGACGCGUUUCAACGUGCUGAUAGUGAACCUGGCCCUGGCGGACCUGUUGUACUGUACCCUGCUGCAGCCCGUCUCUGUCGACUCCUACCUACACCUCCGCUGGAGGGGCGGACCUCUCUGGUGCAGCAUCUUUGGCCUCCUCCUCUUUCUCUCCAACUCUGUCUCUAUCAUCACCCUGUGUCUGAUCGCGGCCAGCCGUUACCUGCUGGUGACGAAGCGGGAUGUGUUUGAGCGGGUGUUUUCUGGUCGAGGCCUGGCUCUCCUCCUGCCCUCCACCUGGGCCCUGGGCCUGGCCAGCUUUGGCCCACUCUGGCCCGUUUAUGUAUUUGCUCCACAGGUGUGCACCUGCAGUUUCCACCGCACCAGGGGGCGCCCUUACACCACCGUGCUGCUAUUCUUCUACUUCUUUAUCGGCCUGGGCUGCGUGGGGAUUUUCUACCUGCUCAUUUACAGGCGAGUCAGGGUGGCGGCACUGGCACUGGUCCGCUACCGGUUUAGCCGACGCUCGUCACAAAAGAAGCCAAACUCAUCAGAACAAGGGACGGAGGGGGAUAGUGGAGUCGGGAGCGGGGUGGCCACCACCCAGAGCUGUGAAUUGAGCAGCCAGGCAGAACUAACCCAAUACAAGGGGGUAGAGGUGAAGGUGCACCCUGGGAAAGCCCAGUCCUCCCACUCCACCUGGGGCUCUGCUUUAACUUCGCAUUCAGCUCACCUAGCAGGGGCACAGGAGCUAACCCCUGCCCUCAACCCUGUGCCCCGCUCGGCCACUCCUGCCCCCAUCACUGCCCCCUCCUCCUCCACCACCUCUUCAGGGGACAAUGUUGAGUUUAGACGUGUGACCCGGAUGUGUUUCACUGUCUUCCUGUGUUUCGUGGGCUGUUUUGUCCCGUUCCUGCUGCUGAACAUUGCUGAUAAGCAGAACCGUGCACCUCAGGUGCUCCACAUGUUCUGUGCCAACCUCACCUGGCUCAACAGUUGUAUUAACCCUGUGCUCUACGCUGUCAUGAACCGCCAGUUCGGACAGGCCUACCGGGCCCUUCUAGUCAGGGCCGCCACACCCUUCACACACCUCUGGACACGGUGACCUAUACAUGCUGGUUGUUUAGUAGAUGCAGUUAUUCAGAUUGACUUUAGUCAGUGUAUUCAAUUAAGGUACAUGAGACAACCACACAUUGGUAAUUAUCACUCACUUUUCUCAGCCCACACUGGUAUGGAUUGAGCUACUUCCUCCUGUCUAACUUCCUCUCCUCCUUCCUGAAUAUUACAUUUACUGUCACCUAGCAAGGGAAAAAUGUGCUUUUCUGUGAUUUUUGGAAAGGGCAAAUUUAUUUUGAGCUAAGAUUAUGCUCGUUUUUUCCCCAGUUACAAACACCAAUGUACAGUUACUGUUAAGCCUUUGUCCCCGUACAUGAAAUAGCUUUCAGAGCGGCCAUAUAAUGUGGUCAAAUCUAAUCCGGAACUCUAUUUUAUUCCAGCAGGAAGCCAGAAGCCACCAACAGGGAGAUAGUUAUGCAAAGAACUAUAGCCUCCUUUACGUCUUGUGUUUAUUUAUUGUCUGUGCCAUUGUACUUUUGUCUGUUCAUUUACACUCCCCUACUGUACAUGUGUAUUUGGACAGUAAUGAUAAAUGUUUUUAAUCUGGCUCUGUACUCCAGCAUUUUGGAUUUGAGAUCAAAUGUUUCAUAAAAAGUGACAGCACACACAGACUGUCACCUUUUUAUUUGAGGGUAUUUUCAUACUUAUCUGAUUUAACGUUUAGAAAUGGAAGCACUUUAUAUAUCUAGCCCCCCCAUUUGAAGAUGUCAAGUAUUUGGACACAUUUCCCUUAGUGUAUUUAAAUAGUCAUAAGUUUAGUAUUUGGUCCCAUAUUCCUUGCACACAAUGAUUACGUCAAGCUUGUUGGAUGCAUUUACAGCUUGUUUUGGUUGUGUUACGGAUUAUGUUUUGUCCAAUAGGAAGUGAAUGGUGAAUGGUAUUUUUGGUGUCACUUUUAUUGUAAUACUAUAAUAUAUUUGUGAACACUUUUACAUGAAUGUGGACACUACCAUGAUUAUAGAUCCUGAAUGAAUUGUGAAUGAUGAGAGAAAGUUACAAAGGGACAAAGAUCAUACACCCCCAAAAUCUCCCCCAUUAUUGGUAAUAGUGAGAGGUGAUUGACUCGUUUUUUUUCCUAAUUAUGGCAUCAUCAGAAUUUACUCCAUUCAGUUUCUAUUGGGGAAAACAGAACCAAAACAAACUGAAAAUGGAUCCAAGGAGUUUGUAGCCACAAGCUUGAUGUAGUCAUUGUGUGCUAACAAUAUGGGACCAAAUACAACACUGACAACUUUGGUACAUUAUAAAUGAUAUUUGAAAUACAUAUGAAUUUGGACAGUGAAGCAAAAACACAUCUAUGUCUCCUUAUUACUUCAAAGUACCUUUUAUUUGGAAACAUAGGAUAUUAUCCUUUUACACAUAGGACAUUUCAUUUACACAACAUGUGGAAUACUCACUCUUUAGUGAUGAAAAGCAGCUUAGUUUCUAUGUACUUAAUGUAAUGUGCUGAAAAGAAAAAGGUAAAUUCUUUAGAUGAGUAUCAAUCAACUCUCAUCUUGCAAGAAGGAUGUCAAAUUCUUUGUAACAAACUAUAAAAUAUAUCAAGAAUCCACACUUCCAUUGCACCACAAGCAUAAGGUUACUCUGGUAUGCUCACCUCCACUCUUCUCUGUGUAGUACUUCCCAAAGCCCUCCACUUUGGGCGUGUCAGGGUAGAGGAAGAAGGGGUUUUCUGGGAUCUUCUCUGCCUCCAGCAUCUGGAAGUUUCUGAUGAUCUCAUGGAAGGGGAUCUGGCCAAGGUCCACUUUGGUGAAGGGCUGCACCGAGUGAAUGUCAGGCUCACCUGGAGAGGGAAGAGAGGAUGAGAAGGAGAAUAGAUUAGAUAAUGAGAUAGUAGAGCAGGGAUCAUCAACUAGAUGCAGCCAGAGGACGAUGUUUUCUUGAGUGGAUUAUCAGGGGGCCAGAACAUAAUUACAAAUAAAUGUGUCAACUGUAAAUUGACUGCAAGAAGCCCAAACAGAUAUAACAUAAAACAUAAUAAUGUCAAACCUUGCUUACAAUUAAAUAUGAUCACAUAUCCCUCUCUAAUAUGCGUGGGAAUACUUUGGAACCAAAUAUCCCAAAUGAAAAUAUUAUUUGGAGUUGAUUUGCUGUUUUUGCAGUAUUUUAUGUCAACCAAUACAAAAAAAAGAUAAAUCCCCCGCCGUCCAGCUGUUGGAGAACUCUGUAGUAGAGCAAUGUUUCCCUAACUGUGGGACGCAAUUCUAAAUUGGUGCAAUUCUAAGAGGUGCAAUUUCUAAAUUGGGUAGUGCAUCAUCAGUUCCUCUUGUCAUGUUAGUCACUGCAUACCUUAGAGAGCUAUUUAGAACUUGUCAGAAAUGUCCAGAUCAACUAGCUCAUGUCAGCCAACAUUUUCUUUCCUAUUUAGUUUUUUUUAGCCCAUAGAUAGUUGUAAUUUUUUUGUCACUCAAAUAUCAAAUUAAUACACAGACAUGGCAAAAAUGUAUAGAAUUGCAAGAAAAUUAUUUUAAACAGCAACAUUUUCUUUGCACCCCAUGACAAAGUAUGAGGGAUGCUGGAAGGGGAACCCCUCUAGAGGAUAUGCACAUCACCAAAAGUAUGUGAACAUUACAUUUGAAAAAUCACUGGCAUUCAUUUGGAGUUGGUCCCCCCUUUGCUGCUAUAAGUCCCUGCUAUAUAAGCCUCCAUUAUUCUGGGAAGGCUUUCCACUAUACAUAAGAACAUUGCUGCAGGGACUUGACUGACUCGCAGUUGGAGUUCCAAUUCAUUCCAACGGUGUUCAAUGGGGUUGAGGUCAGGGCUCCGUGCAGGCCAGUCAAGUUCUUCCACACUGAUCUCAACAAACCAUUUCUGUACGGACAUUGCUUUGUGCCCGAGGGCAUUGUCAUGCUGAAGCAGAAAAGGGCCUUCCCAAAAUGUUGCCAUUCUACUGCCAAAGUUUGUCUAUGGAUAUUGCAUGGCUGUGUGCUCGAUUUUAUACACCUGUCAGCAGCGGGUGUGGCUGAAUAGCCGAAUCCUCUAAUUUGAAUGGGUGUCCAAAUACUUUUGUAUAUACAGUAGGGCUGUCCCAGAUUUAAAAAUAAAAAAAAUCUUAGUAGAUUGAAAGUCAUCUGUUCUUUUGACCAAUCAAUUGGUUGAAAAAAAAUGUAAACGUGUAUUUUGUUUUGAUGAAAUAAGAGAACUGCCUCAAGAGGGCUCCAGAGAUCUAGAUAACCAGAAGAAAAAAACCUUAACCUGACCCAACUCUUCUCCUCCCGCUCUUUGCAGAUUCUGCCAUUACUCUCCUGAAGUUGCCGGUAAUAGGCAAGGAGUCAGCAACCUUUCUCACGUUGAAUGACAAUUUAUCUUACCAUUUCUACCCAUCUGCGUGCCAGUUAUGGUUUUCAUAUGCACAUUUUCGUGAAACAGUUUAAUUUAUAAUGACGUCUUCAUAUCUCAAAAUCCUUGUCAUGUGGUUAAACAACAUUCUAUCCAAAUCUAAAGGAAAAUGAUACAAACCUAAAAAUGUACUUCUAUUGCCAUUACCAACUAUGUAAAAAUAGCCUACAUAAAGCUAACAAAUUGAAAAAAAUAAAAUAAUUAUUUACCUCAAAUUUACCUCAAAUCUUUGGACACUGUGUUAGCAACCCUCCAGGCAAGCUUCAAUGCCAUACAACUCUCCUUCCGUGGCCUCCAAUUGCUCUUAAAUACAAGUAAAACUAAAUGCAUGCUCUUCAACCGAUCGUUACCUGCACCUACCCGCCUGUCCAACAUCACUACUCUGGACGGCUCUGACUUAGAAUACGUGGACAAAUACAAAUACUUAGGUGUCUGGUUAGACUGUAAACUCUCAUUCCAGACCCAUAUCAAACAUCUCCAAUCCAAAGUUAAAUCUAGAAUUGGCUUCCUAUUUUGCAACAAAGCAUCCUUCACUCAUGCUGCCAAACAUACCCUUGUAAAACUGACCAUCCUACCAAUCCUCGACUUUGGCGAUGUCAUUUACAAAAUAGCCUCCAAUACCCUACUCAACAAAUUGGAUGCAGUCUAUCACAGUGCAAUCCGUUUUGUCACCAAAGCCCCAUAUACUACCCACCAUUGCGACCUGUACGCUCUCGUUGGCUGGCCCUCGCUUCAUACUCGUCGCCAAACCCACUGGCUCCAUGUCAUCUACAAGACCCUGCUAGGUAAAGUCCCCCCUUAUCUCAGCUCGCUGGUCACCAUAGCAUCUCCCACCUGUAGCACACGCUCCAGCAGGUAUAUCUCUCUAGUCACCCCCAAAACCAAUUCUUUCUUUGGCCGCCUCUCCUUCCAGUUCUCUGCUGCCAAUGACUGGAACGAACUACAAAAAUCUCUGAAACUGGAAACACUUAUCUCCCUCACUAGCUUUAAGCACCAACUGCCAGAGCAUCUUACAGAUUACUGCAACUGUACAUAGCCCACCUAUAAUUUAGCCCAAACAACUACCUCUUUCCCAACUGUAUUUAAUUAAUGAAUUUAUUUUGCUCCUUUGCACCCCAUUAUUUUUAUUUCUACUUUGCACAUUCUUCCAUUGCAAAACUACCAUUCAAGUGUUUUACUUGCUAUAUUGUAUUUACUUUGCCACCAUGGCCUUUUUUGCCUUUACCUCCCUUCUCACCUAAUUUGCUCACAUUGUAUAUAGACUUGUUUAUACUGUAUUAUUGACUGUAUGUUUGUUUUACUCCAUGUGUAACUCUGUGUCGUUGUAUCUGUCGAACUGCUUUGCUUUAUCUUGGCCAGGUCGCAAUUGUAAAUGAGAACUUGUUCUCAACUUGCCUACCUGAUUAAAUAAAGGUGAAAUAAAAUAAAAAAUAAAAUAAAAACUGGUACCCCUGCACAUCGACUCGGUACUGGUGCCCCAUGUUUAUAGCCAAGUUAA